AUCUUCGCAAUCAUCACGUGCGCCAGCCUUAAAAGCGGCAAGUGCCAUCUCCAUCCCCAAGUACCACUCCGACCGGCAGAAUAAAUAAAGAGGACCAACAGCUAGCUCUCUAUACAAUUGUACGCCAGCUCAUCACAAACCCCACCAUAAACAUGGACACCGUGUGCAGGGCAAUGCAACGCCCCAGUCGAACGCUGACAUUGCACCUCCGCCGAUCGCUCCGCCAACAUCACCACCGCUCUUUCGCCUCCGCAUCCCCAAUCCCGAUCAUCACUUCUUGUGCUCUCCGCUCCGAAUCAUCAUCUCUCCACACAUCCAUCACCGCCAAAAACUCUCCUACAUCGUCACAAUACCUCCGGACCUUCUCGCACAGCUCUACAGCAAUGGCUGCAACACCACAAUUCGCAAAAGGCAUGGACGCGAGCCAAUUACAGCCCGAGUUGGAUAAACUGUUAGAGCAGGAGUGGGUGCUGGAUGAGGAUGGAAUGGGCGUGAAGAAGACUUAUUAUUUCAAGACCUAUUUCAAGGCUGUGAGCUUUGUCAACGUCGUCGCAUCGCAGAGCGCAACCAAGAGACACCACCCUACCAUGACAGUCCGAAUCGGGUCUGUCGAUGUCCACUGGACCACGCAUAACCCCCGCGGUCUCACCGAUAAAGAUCUCACGAUGGCACAGCAUUGCGACGAGGCGGCGGAGUUGAUGGGCGCCGUGGAUAAGGAAGGGGGGAAUAAAUGUGGCCCCUCUUCUUCUUCUCCUUUGCCUUCGCCUGGGUUGUAUUAAAUUAUUAUGUACAUUAUUUUGUAUUUGUGUAUAGGAUUUCUUGUUUCGGUUCGGGGGUUAUACAAGCCUGUAGUAGAGGACUAACUUAAUAAUGGCUGGUCUUACGGGGUGUGGUGUACCGGAUGACCCCUCUGAAGAGUGGACGGAAACAAUACUACCUACUACCCACCUUCAUCCGGGCUCAACAGACAAAUGAUGCAUUCAAGUCAAACUUCACCCGGUAUUCACCGUCGAUCACACGCCCACGCCAAAGAAUCCAAGCCCCCAAGUCUAGACUCGUCAGCAACAUUCAACAGAAACCUUGACCAAAAGAGCCCGAUCGAGACCCAAGCUACAAGAAUGCGCAAACGGAUUUCAGAUAUAUCAAGCCACCCAAGCCACCAGUGCCCGGAUACAUACAUCCCAUACAACCAGCAUAGUACCGCCUUGGGUAGAAAUCGAUGAGGUCAUAAGCCCGUCGAUGCCCCAAUCGGCAGGCAACAACCUUAAUCUUAUCUAAAUAUUUUCCGGUUUAGGUGGUAGGGUUUCAUCCAUG